AGGUGUGUUGGGGGUUCUGGUCCUGGUGGCGGUAGUUGUGGUCGUUGUUGUCGUAUAUAAGAGAAGGCAGUGCCCUCACGAGUCAAAUGAAGUUGACGCCUUUUCCGAACUGCAAGGAAAAGAAGCUUCAGAUGAACAUGCAGAAGAAUUGCCGAGAGAAAAUAUGUAUGAAAACACCGACGACGAUCAUCUCUAUGGCAAUAUUGAUCAAAGCACAGAAAUCCCCGUAGAUGACAUUUUUGAGGUCAUGAAAUUGAAAACCAGAGAUGUUCUUAAGGCUGAAUAUCAGAAAUUCCCUACCGUAUUUGUUUGUCCCUGUGAAGCCGGCCAAAAGCGAGAGAACAAACUAAAGAACAGGUUCCAAAACAUUAUGCCAUACGACCAUAGCCGAAUUGUACUGGAUCUUUUGCCUGGUGAUCCAAACUCUGACUACGUCAACGCAAACUACAUUGAUGGAUUUAAGAGACCACGUGCAUUUAUUGCUGCUCAAGGUCCAAAACCGAAUACCGUGAAGGACUUUUGGAGGAUGAUUUGGCAAGUCCACACUCCACAAAUUGUAAUGGUGACAAAAACUGUGGAAAUGGGCAAGCAAAAAUGUGAGCAGUACUGGGCAGACGAGGGAGUGAAACAGUUUGGUGAAAUAGAAGUGACUACACUGGAUGAAAUUCAAGGACAGGACUAUUUUGUCCGAAACCUGAAGUAUUGUAAGGUUGGAGAACCAGCAGUCCGUACUGUUAAACAGUUCCACUUCACCGGUUGGCCUGAUCAUGGUGUGCCUGUUGACCCAACGGCUUUGGUAAAAUUCCGAGAGGAAGUUAAGAAGUAUCAAAGUCAGGUUCAAGACCAAGGACCUAUCAUUGUACAUUGCAGCGCUGGGGUUGGUAGGACCGGAACUUUCAUAGCACUGGACUACCUGUUCGAACAAGUGCUUGCUGAAGGCAAAAUCGACAUAUAUCAACUCGUCCAAGGAAUGCGAGAAUCGCGACCGAAGAUGGUGCAGACAAUGGAGCAAUAUUACUUCAUCCAUGACGUGAUGUUGGAAGAACUGCAUUGUGGUUUAACUUCUAUACCAGUGCAAGACUUUGCCACUCGUCUGCGGAAACUAAGAAGAAGGAACAAGUCGGGACUGACCAAAAUGGAAGAAGAGUUUGUGAUACUGAACCUUAUGUUGCCUGAAAUAGACGAAAGCUCCAUCAAGACGGCCUUGGAACCUAUCAACAUUGAGAAGAAUAGAGUGAGAAAUAUUGUUGCAGGUAACCACUGCAGACCAUACCUUGUGUCAUAUGUGAAGGACAGCACUGACUACAUUAAUGCAGUGUUCAUAGACGGCUACCAACGCCAAGAUGCCUAUAUCGUGACGCAGAUGCCUCUGCCUCAUACGGUGGUUGACUUCUGGAGUAUGUUGUUUGACCAGCAUUGUGCGACUAUAGUUAUGUUGAAUGAAGCGAACGAAGAUAGCAAGGUAGAAAAUACAAUUAUAUCGAAUGUGUUUAGUUGGACCUUAUUUUGCACUGCUCACAGGUGCUGGUUGCUAAAGCCAAUUUUAGAAUGUUAA